GAGCGAGAAAGAGACUGGCUUUUUUUUUUUCUCUUUCUGCUCUUUCCCUGUUCCCUCUCUCUUCAGGCAGGCAGAGCAGAGUGGGACUGACUGAGAGGAGGACAGACGUGUGCACACCAGAGCUCUGCAACUCCACAAAGACAAGAGAGGGAGGAGGAAGAGUUUGCAAGGAGAAAAUAAGAGAAAGAAAGCAGCUUUUUUUUCCAAUUUUUAACAUCAGCAAACUGUGGUGGAUAUCAUACCUACAUCAAAAGAAAUCUAAAAGAACAAAAAGGAUUUGCUUUCUUCACAGCUUAAAGGAAAAUAUUAGCAUUUGUUAGAGUUUUCUAUUUAUAUUCACCACAAACAAUUAUUGGAAAGGACUUGCGAGGUGUGGGAGGACUUUUUUUUUUUUUUGCAGAGAGACAAAGAAGUGGUUUUGCAGGAGAAGAGGAAGGCUGCAGAGGAGAUGAACAUGCCCGUCAGAGGAGUCUGUUUCGGGGCAGGCAUGGGCAGGCUGGCCGGGCAGCCGCUCUGGAUGUGGGUGGUGAUGCUCUCUGCCCUGCUCAUGGGCAAAGCCAGCGCCUGCCCUGCCCUGUGUACCUGCAGCGGCACCACAGUGGACUGCCAUGGACUGGGACUCAAAACCAUGCCAAGGAAUAUCCCCCGCAACACUGAAAGACUGGAGCUGAAUGGGAAUAACCUCACACGCAUCACCAAGAGUGACUUCGCUGGACUCAAGUUCAUCCGAGUUCUGCAGCUGAUGGAGAAUCAGAUCACUGUGAUCGAGCGAGGAGCUUUUGAUGACAUGAAGGAGCUGGAGAGGCUGCGGCUGAACCGUAAUCAACUGCAGCAGCUUCCUGAGUUGCUGUUUCAGAAGAACCCUGGCCUGUCUCGACUAGAUCUGAGUGAGAACUCCAUCCAGUCCAUCCCCAGAAAAGCAUUCAGAGGAGCGACAGACAUUAAAAACCUGCAGCUAGAUAAAAACCACAUCAGCUGUAUCGAGGAUGGAGCAUUCAGAGCUUUGAGAGGCUUGGAAGUGCUAACAUUAAACAACAACAACAUCAGCAGCAUCCCCGUCUCUAGCUUCAAUCACAUGCCCAAACUUCGAACCUUCCGUCUCCACUCCAACAAUCUGAACUGUGACUGUCACCUUGCCUGGUUGGCACAGUGGCUCAGACAGAGGCCCACAAUCGGUCUAUUUACCCAGUGCACUUCCCCUACUGAGCUCAGAGGACUCAACGUGGCAGAGGUGCAGAAACACGAAUUCAGCUGCUCAGGUCACCAGGACUCGUCCAACUUGCAGCCGUGCAGCAUCGGAGGAGGCUCCUGCCCGGCCAUGUGCACCUGCAGUAACAACAUCGUGGACUGUAGAGGGAAAGGUCUCACUGCCAUCCCAGCCAACCUGCCAGACACCAUGGCUGAAGUACGUCUGGAGCAAAAUGGGAUUAAGUCCGUUCCUCCUGGAGCCUUCUCUCCCUACAAGAAGCUGCGUAGGAUAGACCUGAGCAACAACCAGAUCUCAGAGAUUGCUCCCGAUGCCUUCCAGGGUCUGCGCUCCCUCAACUCUCUCGUUCUGUAUGGAAAUAAGAUCACCGACCUGCCCAAGGGGGUGUUUGACGGCCUCUACGCCCUGCAACUGCUGUUGCUGAAUGCCAACAAGAUUCACUGCGUUCGCGCCAACGCCUUCCAGGACCUGCAGAACCUCUCCCUGCUGUCGCUCUACGACAACAAGAUCCAAACCCUCGCCAAGGGCACCUUCACUUCACUACGAGCAAUACAGACCCUUCACCUUGCCCAGAACCCAUUCAUCUGUGACUGUAAUCUGAAGUGGCUGGCUGACUACCUGCGCUCCAACCCCAUUGAGACCAGCGGUGCUCGCUGUGCCAGCCCACGCCGACUUGCAAACAAACGUAUUGGACAGAUCAAGAGCAAGAAGUUCCGCUGCUCCGCCAAAGAGCAGUACUUCAUCCCAGGUACAGAGGACACACGCCUGAAUAACGCCUGUAACAGUGAUCCAGUGUGUCCUCCAAAGUGUCGCUGUGAGUCCAAUGUGGUCGACUGCUCCAACCUGAAGCUCACAAAGAUCCCCGAACACAUCCCUGCAUCCACCGCUGAACUCCGCCUGAACAACAAUGACAUCACCUCUCUGGAGGCUACAGGAAUCUUUAAGAAUCUCUCCCAGUUGAAGAAAAUUAACCUCAGCAACAACAAGAUCACAGAGGUUGAAGAUGGGGCAUUCGAAGGUGCCUCAUCCGUCAAUGAGCUCCACCUCACGGCCAAUCAGAUCGAUUCGGUCCGAAGCGGGAUGUUCCGCGGCCUUGAGGGACUGCGCAUGCUGAUGCUGAGGAACAACAAGAUCAGCUGCGUCCACAACGACAGUUUCACAGGGCUGCACAACGUCCGUCUGCUGUCUCUGUACGACAACCAGCUGACCACCAUCACUCCUGGAGCCUUCGACACGCUGCAGACUCUCUCCACCCUCAACCUUUUGGCCAACUCCUUUAACUGUGACUGUCGGCUGGCCUGGCUCGGCGAUUGGCUGAGGAGCAAGAAGAUAGUGACAGGUAACCCCCGCUGCCAGCGUCCGGGCUUUCUGAAGGAGAUCCCCCUGCAGGAUGUGGCACUGCCGGACUUCCGCUGUGAGGAAGGCCAAGAGGAGUCAAGCUGCGUGCCCCGACCCCAGUGUCCCAGUGAAUGCACUUGCUUGGAGACUGUGGUGCGCUGCAGUAACAAGCAUCUCCACUCUCUACCCAAAGGCAUCCCCAGAAACGUGACUGAACUGUAUCUGGAUGGAAACCAGUUCAGUGUGGUGCCAAAGGAACUGUCUCCCUUCAAAUACCUGCAGCUGGUAGACCUGAGCAACAACAAGAUCAGCUCUCUGACCAACUCGUCUUUCUCUAACAUGAGCCAACUCACCACUCUAAUCCUGAGCUACAAUUCCCUGCGCUGUAUCCCAAAAAUGGCCUUCGGUGGACUGCACUCUCUCCGACUGCUGUCUCUCCAUGGCAACGAAAUCUCUGAGCUUCCUGAUGGCAUCUUUAAUGAUGUGGCCUCACUUUCCCACUUGGCGAUUGGUGCCAACCCCUUGUACUGUGACUGUCGCCUGCGCUGGCUCUCUGACUGGGUAAAGACCGGCUACAAAGAGCCAGGCAUCGCCCGCUGUGCCGGCCCACACGACCUGGAGGGGAAACUGCUGCUCACCACACCUGCAAAGAAGUUUGAAUGCACAGGCGAUGUGGACAAUGCAGUGCUGGCCAAGUGUAACCCGUGUCUGUCCAGUCCCUGUCAGAACCACGGCAUCUGUCACAGCGACCCGUCUGAGAUCUACAGGUGCAGCUGCCCUCCAGGGUUCAAGGGCAAGAACUGUGAGACAGCUCUGAAUGCCUGCGUGUGUAACCCGUGUGCCAACGGAGGAACCUGCCAGGUCAAUGAGGAGGAUGAAGGAAUAUUCAGUUGCACAUGUCCGCUGGGCUUUGAGGGCCCCUCGUGCCAAAUCAACAUUGACGACUGUGAAGACAACGACUGCGAGAACGGUGCGACCUGCAUCGAUGGAAUCAACAACUACACUUGUUUUUGUCCCCCCUACUACACAGGGGAGAUGUGCGAAGAACUGGAGGAUGUGUGCGCCCCAGGACGGAGCCCCUGCAAACAUCAGUCUACCUGCCUCAUCACCUCCACUGGACCCAAGUGUGUGUGCUCUCCUGGUUAUGUUGGUGAUGACUGCAGUUUAGACUACAAUGACUGUGAGGAGCAUCGCUGUCAGAAUGGAGCUCAGUGUUUGGAUGAGCUGAAUGGAUACUCCUGUAACUGUCCUGAAGGAUACAGCGGCCAGCUUUGCGAGGUUCCCCAAUCUGCGCUGUCCCUGUGCGAGCUCGCCGACUGCCAGAACAACGCCCCCUGUGUGGAGCGAGGUGGACGGGCUCUCUGCCAGUGUCCCCCAGAGUUCGGGGGGCCACGCUGCGAGAAACUUGUCAGCGUCAACUUUGUGGACAGAGACUCCUACCUGCUGCUCUCUGACCUCAAGAACUGGCCUCAAGCUAACAUCACUCUUCAGGUGUCGACAGCUGAGGAUAAUGGUAUCCUACUGUACAAUGGAGACAAUGAUCAUAUUGCAGUGGAGCUCUUCCAAGGUCAUGUCAAGGUCAGCUAUGACCCCGGUAGCCAGCCAGGACACGCCAUCUACAGCACUGAGACGAUCAACGAUGGUCAGUUCCACACAGUGGAGCUGGUGACGUUUGACCAGAUGGUGAACCUGUCCAUAGACGGGGGUCUCCCUACCACAAUGGACAGCUUUGGAGCAGUGCAGCCCCUCAACGGGGAGGCUCCACUUUAUGUGGGGGGUAGGGGCCCUCUCCAGAACACACCUCCCUCCUCUGCAGGUAUGCCGGUGGACGUGCACUCGGGUGCUUUCCGUCUCUGGCAGAUCCAGAACGGUUCCAGUUUUCACGGAUGUAUCCAGAACCUGUACAUCAACAACGAGCUCCAGGACUUCACCAAGACCCAGAUGAAGCCCGGCGUGGUGCCGGGCUGCGAGCCCUGCAAGAAGAUCUACUGUGUUCAUGGCAUCUGCCAGCCUGAUGGGGCCCAAGGACCUGUGUGCCACUGCCAGCCAGGCUGGAGUGGGCCGCACUGCGACCAACCUGCUACCAACCCCUGCCAGGGCAGCAAGUGUGUUCAUGGAAAGUGCAUCCCGCUGGACCCUCAGUCUUACCGCUGUGAGUGUGUGGAGGGUUACCGCGGCGCCCUGUGUAAUCAACAGGGGGAGCUGUUCAACCCCUGUCAUCGCCUUAACUGCAAACACGGCCGCUGCCAGAUCUCAGAAACAGGAGACGCCUUCUGUCACUGCGAAAGCGGCUACACUGGGGAGCUUUGUGAUGCAGAGUCUGAGUGUCGAGGGGAGCCAGUGCGAAAUUUCUACCAGGUACAGAGAGGCUACGCCAUCUGCCAGACAACACGCAUGGUCUCCUGGGUGGAGUGCAACGGAGUUUGUGAAUCGGGGGCAUGCUGCGCCAGCCAGCGGAUGAAACGCCGGAAAUACACCUUUGAAUGCAGCGAUGGCACCUCCUUCAGCGAGGAAGUGGAAAAGACCAUCAAGUGCGGCUGCGUGGGCUGCAUGUAGCACCAUUCACUCCCAUUCCCUGUUGCUGCUGCCGAGCAGAAGAUAGAAAGAAAGGAAGAAAGAGGACUGGAGGAAAGUGAGGGAGGGAAAGAUUGAAAGAAAGAGAGUAUAAAGAAUAUAUAUAAAACAUCUAUCUAUAUAUUAAGGACAACAAUGUUUGUAAAAUAGGACAUUUCCUCCCCUUCCAAGGGUGUGUGACCUACAGUAACACAGAGAAACCAACAUCAUGCGCAACAAUGUAGAAGUGACAACAACGGCAACACAACCAUUGUAUCUGCAACAUUGUUCCAAGGGGUCCAGAGAUUUUAAAGGUGUUGCAUUCAGAGUGAGGCAUCCCUCCAAACCCAAAUUACCCAGUGUGAAUUCCCCAUCCAUCUACAAGGCCUCUGACAGCCAAACCACCAUCUACCAUCUUUACUUUGUGGAGGCAGGGAGGACAGCGGGGUCGUGCCUGGCUAAGAGCGGCAGAAGAGAGGCGGAGAAAGACGAAAUGAGAAGAACAGAGGGGGAAAAGAGGAGAGCUGGACCGUUUGACUUGGCAAAGCUAUCUUGAGUUGAGCUUGGCUGGGUUACCUGGACUGGGCUCGAUGUCGUUUGGGUUGAGUUUAAGUUGGUGUAGCAAUUUUUUCUGCCAGGAUAAAGUCAUCCAUCCACACAUGCACAUGUAGAAGUGAACAAAGAAAAGGUAGGGUGAGAGUGGCACAUAAUGCAGUGCGGGUGUUCAGGCCAGGUGGUCUGGUGUCACAGCUUUGUGCUGUGAGGUAACAUAGAAACUCCAUAAAAAUAGAGACUGCACUGACUGGCAGCACUGAAAAGGACAGUCAUACACCUGAUCACACAUGCAUGGUAUACAUACAUUUACAGCAAACCAACAUGGUGUUUGAGGUGUCCAGCGGUUAUCAAUCUCCCAGCAUCCAUUGCCUCAGGGUUAGGAUCAUUUGGAUAAUCCCGCCCCCUUUGAGCAGGUGGCCGUUCAGCCCUGCUCCUCUUGAUGCCUGCAGUAUUAAACUUGUGCAAACUGUUGCAUGUGUGGAGAAGAGUUUGCCAACAAAUAUGUCGUGCUUCUUAAUAUCAUUAUAAAUGUUCUUACGAAACAAAAGGUUGCAGAAUCAUCCUCUGAUUUGUGUUUCGUUUCGUCUCAUUUCUCAUAUUGGUUUCUUUUUCCUUUUUUGUUAUAUUUUGUCAUAUUUUGUCUCAUGGUGUAACCUAACUCCUUUAGCCGCCCCCAACCCUUUAUAUAGAAAUGCCUAACAGAUUCUAAUAUAUAUAUAUUUGUAUUUCAUUUUGGUAUAGUAUUUUUCUAUGUUAAAGAGUAAGUCUGUUUUCAGAAGCUUUGGGACUGGUGGAAAGGCAUUCAGUUGGUUCCUUAGGUGUUUUUAUUUGUUGAUCUCUUUCACGCCAACAAGGUGAUUCAUGACAGAAAAAGGCCAAAAGUACAGCAGCUGGUUGGCCUUGUUGUAUAGAAGGCAGUAUUGGUCUAGAAUGAUGUUUAAUAUUGUAUAUGUUGUCUUCCAUGUGUAUAUUACAUCUAAUUCAUGAGAGUCUGUGCUUGUUUUUAUUUAUUUUAUCUUAAGGCGUUUUCCUGUAGAAAGUGAAAGGCUCAAACGUUGCUGACUUUCAACUAUUUACAAAAAUUUCAAAAAGAUGAAAAAAGCUCAAAUAAAGAAUAAAAAAAAAAAAAGCAUAAAAAUCUGUAAGGUAUUUGUACCAUCACGUAAUAGCGAGUUACUACAGUGUUUUCCUCUCUGGCUAAGACAUUCCUCAUUCACUGCGGGGGCUGGAGAGGUCUGAGCGGGGACUAAAGGACACCCCCCCCCCCCUCCCCCUCCCCCCCAAAUGUACCUUGUAAUUACCAUACCACACUUAAAGGCUUCAGAUUGUUUUCAUAUUUGCUUCGUUGAAGUGCUGGGAUUUAUCUCCAUGAUUAUCGUUUGAAAGACGUUUGCCACAGAGAGGAGGUGUUUUGUUUUUUUUUAUUUGUAUUUUUUUGUUCGCAAGAGUUAAAAUAGUCAAGCUCAACUGAUCAUAAGCUGCUGUCAAGCCAGAAGAAAAAAGGAUGAAGUUGCUUCCUUGGACAAUUUUCAUUUAAAAGUACAUCAUCCUACAUCUGUUUGAAUAGGCAUGACGCAUUACAUGCCAACUAGUGACAGAUUAUAUACGAGAACGGUCUGGACAUUUCCAUGUGUGUCAGUUUUGAAUGGCUAUCCACACACACACACACAAACACAAAAAAAACGAAGAAAUGGUGCCAAUUACAGUGAACACAAUAGUCAUACCUGAAUGUAUAAAUGUGUAUAGAUAAAUAUGACCUAUGCUUAUUCAUGAAGUGGUAACUUUUAGCUGUUAUUUAGUUUCCAAUGUAAGAUAUAGAAAUCACAUACUGUUCAUUAAGUGACAGUCCAUCAGGAUGGCUCUCGGCAUUGUUUCUCUGCAGACUGGGAUUGUGUUAAUCCAUUUUGCUGAUCUAAAUGUUGAAAAGUCUCUUUAUAGUGUGAAAGGCUGCAGACCCAGAUCUCAGCUCAGUACAAUGCACACAACGCUCCUCAUCAUAUUGCUACCCAUGUUGACCUUGUUUCCCAUGCUGUUGAUGUGAUCCAGUGGUGUACAAUAGCAUUAAAAGAAGAUCUCAUUAAGGAUACUGAUGAACAGUCACUGUAAUUCUUAGGCUUUGUGCCUCAUAAAGGUGCAGAUUUAGUCGGAUGUGGCUUUCUUUUCAUGUCUCCUUUCCUUCCUCUGCACUGAUCUGUACUGGACUGGUGCAUUCAACUUCCUGGUAGACAUCUUAGUGGUGCUUGUGCUAUAUUGAGAUGUAAUUCAGUUGUCUGGUCACAUGACUAGAGACACAGAUUUUUCAUCCUAUGAACUAUAUACAUAAAUAUGUUAUUGUAAGCAACACAAUGUCUCUGUUGUAUUGAACUGGUGCAAAAACUUAAGAAAUAUCCCUGGUUGGGUUCUGUCUGUUUGUUUUUUUGUUACAGGAUUGAUGGUGGGAUUAAAACUGAAAACUCCCAAUAAUGCUGAAUGUAUGUAGUGCCACCGACAAAAUGUUUACCAAACCUCCACUCUUUUUCAUUAAUUAAACUUAAAUGUGUGUGCUUUUAAGAA